AUGGCUACUCCUCCUGUACUCGCUUUCGAUACUGAGGGCCGCCCAGUGAAGUUUGACACCUGGCUUGAUGACCUGCACCUCUACCUACAGCUCACUGCCAAGGAAGAUAUUUCACUGUACGAUCACGCCCUAGGCCACGCUACUGCACCUCCUACUACUGCUGACAGCACUCAGCGCUCACAGUGGCAGACUCGUGACGCUCACGCUCGCUUUGCCAUUCGCAACUCCCUGCCGCUAGAUGAGCGCGAGCACUUUGGCCAGCACAAGACUGCUAAGGACCUGUACACUGCUGUAGUUGCUCGCUACUCCUCGCCUGCUUCUGCCGCACUAGGCCGCCUCUCCCUCCCCUACCUGUUCCCCGACCUGGCCUCCUUCCACACCGUUGCUGACCUCAUCACCCACCUCAAGACUAGUGAGGCCCGCUUCCGCGCUGCUAUGCCUGCCGAGUUCCUAGCUAACAACCCCCCCCCGCUCUGGCUCGUUCUCUACCACCUAGUCACCCGCCUCCCUGACUCUCUGCGCGCAGUCAGGGACCAGUUUCUAGCUCGCUGCCCCACUGAGCUCACCAUUGCCCUCCUCGAGAAGGAGCUACUUGCAGCCGAGGCGAGUGUCGUCGCUGUAGGUGCCUCUCGUGGUGACCCCCGCACUCCUUUCUUUGAGGGGUGUUCCCCUUCCCCCCUCCUUCCCUCUGUCGCCUCUGCUUCUGCUGUCGACCUUCUUGGUGCUGAGAAGGUCGGGACCGCGUCUGCUUCGAGCGGGCGCCGCAGGACGAGAGGGGGCAAGGGUGGAGGUGGCGGCGGAGGAGGUGGGGGUGGAGGCGGUGGGAGUGGAGGAGGGGCUGGAGAGGCUAGUGGCGGCAGUGGGGGUGGUGACGGCAGCGGCGGGGGUGGUGGCAGGGGCGGGGGCGGCGGUGGGGGCGGAGGUGGUCGUGGCAGCGGCAGGGGAGGCGGUGGUCGCGGAGGUGGCGGCAGUGGUGGUGGCCGUGGAGGCGCUGGCGGUGGUCUGAGCCAGCAGCACACUCCGUCGCUCCAGGAGGCCCGUGAGUGGUAUGCCCAGCGUCUUAGCUGCACGUAUGUCAUCCGCACUGGUGACCGCACUGGUCAGCAGUGUGGGAGGCCGCACCCCACGCAGCGCUGUUUCGCGCGCCUUACCGACGCUUGGCGCACCCAGUUCCCUGAUGGCGCUGAGCUGCCCCGCUGGGCUGAUCUGGAGAGGAAGGGGGUUGAUAUCUGGGCUCUAGACUUUGAUGCUAUUCUCACUGCCAUGUAUGCCAUGUUUACUAGUGGAGAGGGUGCUCAGUACUUGUGUGUUCCGCCCGACCCGGGCAUUCUGACCAGUGAGACUGCCGCUCCAGGUGCUAGUGAGACUGCCGCUGCAGGUACUUGCGUGUCUGCUCCCUCAGGUGAUGGUGAGGCUGUCGCUCUAGGUGCUCGUGCGUCUGUCCCCCCUGGUACUGAGUCGACUGAGGCACUGCACACCUUCACCCUGGACUCAGGUGCUUCACGCUGUUUCUUUCGUGACCGCACUGUCCUUGAGCCACUUGCUCGGCCAGUUGCUGUCUCCCUCGCUGACCCCUCUGGGGGUCCGGUCAUUGCGACCUCCUCCACUGUCCUUCCCUGUCCGGCGGUCCCGUCCGGCACACUGUCAGGGCUCUACCUCCCCUCGUUCUCUACGAACUUGGUGGCAGGUAGCGCGCUCCAGGACGGGGGUGUUCACCAGUUCACCCCUGCCUACGAGCGUGUGACACACUGCACGUGUGCUCGGACGGGUCGUCACCUGGCUACCUUCACUCGGGAGCCAGGGUCGGACCUGUACACACUGACCACUGGGUCCCCACAGGUGGCUGCGUCUGCGUCUGCGUCAGGUCAGCUGUCCGCCCCCUGCUCGUGUCGGUCUCUCGCGCACGACACCGUCCUCUGGCACCACCGACUUGGCCACCCGUCCGUGCAGCGCCUUCGGACCAUGCACCAGCGGUACCUUGUCUCUGGUCUUCCCAGGGUUCUCCCUCCCCUCCCACCCUCGCCGGCUCCUCCCUGUAUUCCCUGUGUCGAGGGGCGGCAGCGCGCCGCUCCUCACUCUUCUGCGUUUCCCCCGACGGAGGCUCCUCUGCAGACACUCCACCUGGACGUGUGGGGCCCCGCCCGCGUCCGUGGACAGGGCGGGGAGCGCUACUUUCUGCUGGUAGUUGACGACUACACGCGCUACACCACGGUCUUCCCCUUGCGCACCAAAGGUGAGGUCCCUGAUGUCUUGAUCCCUUGGAUCCGCGCUACUCGUCUCCAGCUGGAGCGGCGCUUUCGCUCGGACCUUCCGGUCCUGCGACUGCACUCUGAUAGGGGCGGUGAGUUUUCCUCCGACCUCUUGCGCGCCUUCUGUCAGGAGGAGGGCAUUGAGCAGACGUUCACGCUUCCGGCCUCUCCGCAGCAGAAUGGGGUUGCUGAGCGCUGCAUUGGCCUGGUCAUGGAGGUCGCUCGUACCUCCUUGGUCCAUGCGGCUGCCCCCCAUUUUCUGUGGCCGUUUGCUGUCCGGUACGCCGCGCAUCAGCUCAACCUCUGGCCCCGUGUCUCCGGUCCAGAGACCUCGCCGACACUGCGUUGGACGGGAGAGGUUGGCGAUGCGUCGGUGUUCCGCGUCUGGGGAUCUCGUGCCUUUGUCCGCGACACGUCCGCGGACAAGCUCUCUCGUCGAGCUGUCCCCUAUGUCUUCCUUGGCUUUGUCCCUGACGCGUCUGGUUGGCAGUUUUACCACCCUGUCUCGCGCCGUGUCUUCCCCUCUCAGGACGUCACGUUCGACGAGUCGGUCCCCUUCUACCGUCUCUUCCCCUACCGCACUGCCCCGCUCCCCCCUCCGCCUCUCUUCCUCGCGCCAGGUGCUGCUGUUGUAGAGCCCCUCCCCCCUCAGGGUGCCGCUCCCUCAGGUGUGUCUCAGGUAGACCCCGUUGAGCCUGUCGAGGUAGCCGUCGAGUCGCGUCCUCCUCGGGGUACUGAGCCUGGGGGUGCUGAGCCUGGGGGUGCUGAGACUGGGGGUGCUGAGCCUGGAGGUGCUGAGUCUGGAGGUGCUGAGACUGGGGGUGCUGAGCCUGGAGGUGCGGAGCCUGGAGGUGCUGAGCCUGGAGGUGCUGAGCCUGGAGGUGCUGAGACUGGGGGUGCUGAGUCUGGGGGUGCUGAGUCUGGUGGUGCUGAGCCUGAGCGUGCUACACCUGGAGGAGCCCUCUCCUCCCAGCAGCUGCAGGAGAGGUACCUCCGUCUUCGGAGUGGAGCCCCUGGUGCCGCGGACCCGGACGGUGGAGCUGCUGCUGGUGCUGAGGACCCGGACGGUGGAGCUGCUGCUGGUGCUGAGGACGCGGACGGUGGAGCUGCUGCUGGUGCUGAGGCCCCGGGCGGUGGAGCUGCUACUGGUGCUGCGGACCCGGCCGGUGGAGCUGCUGCUGGUGCUGCGGACCCGGGCGGUGGAGCUGCUGCUGGUGCUGCGGACCCGGACGGUGGAGCUGCUGCUGGUGCUGCGGACCCGGCCGGUGGAGCUGCUGCUGGUGCUGAGGACCCGACCGGUGGCGCGGCUGCUGGUGCUGAGGACCCGGGCGGUGGAGCUGCUGCUGGUGCUGCGGACCCGCACGGUGGAGCUACUGCUGGUGCUGAGGUCCCCGGUGCUGGUGUCCCUGCUGGCUCUGGAGACGCUACGAGGCCGCGACCGUACUUCGUCCCGCUCCUUCAGCAGGUUCUUGGUCUCGCUCCUCCUCCUUGUCCUCCUCCCUCCGUAGAGUGUCUGCAGCCUGUCCAGUCGCAGUCACAGUUACCACCUGCCUCGCCUCUCCCUGGUCCCUCUCCUUACACCGGUCCCACAGGAGGUCUUACCGAGCGUCGUGAGCCUGCGUCUCGUCCUGCGUCGCCUGUUCGUCCUGCGCACACUAGUCGUCGUGGCACACGUGAGCGUCCUCCUCCUGUCCCUGGCACUCACUACAUGACACUGCGUCGCUCCACUGCUCCUCAGCGUGUCCCUCUGCCGUCUCCUCCAACGUCCUCUCUCCCUACUCUUCCUGACCCGGAGUCUGACUCCCGUCGUGCUGCCAGUCCCACAGUCACGCGUCUCCUCGCCACUGUUGUCACUGACCCUACCUUUGAGUCCUCUGCUGCGUCUGCUCUGGUUGCUGAGUUGGUUGACUUUGCUGCCGCGUGCCGUCUAGACUUCGCCGCUAGCCUUGUUGCUGAGUCUGAGUCUGUCUGUCCUCCGUCCGUCGAGGGUGAGUGUGCUCUUGGCACGGACGUCCUUGAGGACAGGCAGGAGGAGUUCCAGUGCUUUGCUGCUGCUUUGCCCCAUCUUGUGUCCAUGCUAGUUGCCCCUGAGGGAGACCCGGAUGCACCAGACAUCUCGACCCCGCGCUCUUACGCAGAGGCGGUGGCAGGUCCCUACUCCUCUCAGUGGCAGACAGCCAUGGACGCAGAGAUGGCUUCCUGGAAGUCCACAGGCACCUACGUCGACGAGGUUCCCCCACCUGGGGCGAACAUCGUCAGUGGCAUGUGGAUUUUCAGGGUGAAGCGGCCGCCGGGUUCUCCGCCUGUCUUCAAGGCGCGCUACGUGGCUCGUGGCUUCAGUCAGCGCGAGGGAGUAGACUUCUUCCAGACCUUCUCCCCCACCCCGAAGAUGACUACUCUUCGGGUGCUGCUGCACAUACGAGACUACGAGCUUCACUCUCUUGACUUCAGCACUGCUUUCUUGCAGGGCAGUCUGCACGAGGAGAUCUGGCUGCGCCGCCCUCCUGGCUUCACUGGGUCGUUCCCUCCUGGUACCCAGUGGAGGCUCCAGCGGCCAGUCUACGGUCUCCGCCAGGCGCCACGUGAGUGGCACGACACACUGAGGACGACACUCGCGGCUCUUGGGUUCGCGCCUUCUACUGCUGACCCGUCGCUGUUUCUACGCACUGACACCUCACUGCCGCCGUUCUACAUCCUCGUGUACGUCGACGACUUGGUCUUUGCCACUGCUGACACUCAGGCACUCGCCCACGUGAAGUCCGAGCUGCAGAAGCGACACACGUGCACAGACCUGGGUGAACUGACAAGCUACCUUGGCUUGCGGAUCACUCGGGACAGAGCACGGCGCACCAUCACCUUGACUCAGUCACACAUGGUGCAGCAGGUCCUUCAGCGCUUCGGCUUCACGUACUCCUCGCCUCAGGCCACUCCUCUGCCUACAGGUCACUCGCUCUCAGCUCUGCCUUCGGAUGAGUCCGUAGAGUCGAGUGGCCCGUAUCCAGAGCUUGUUGGCUGCCUCAUGUACCUGAUGACCUGCACUCGACCUGACCUUGCAUACCCUCUUAGCAUCCUUGCACGCUAUGUCGCUCCUGGCCGUCACAGGAAGGAGCACAUGGAUGCCGCUAAGAGGGUGUUGCGCUACUUGUGCAGUACGUCGGGCAUGGGGCUAGUGCUUGGAGGGCGAGACCGUGUUGUACUCACUGGACACUCAGACGCUUCUUGGGCAGACGACCAGGCUACGCAGCGGUCGUCUCAAGGUUACACCUUCAGCCUUGGCUCUGGCUCAGUUUCUUGGCGUUCUACACGUUCUUCUUCUGUUCUCAGCUCCAGUUGUGAGGCUGAGAUCUACGCCACAGCCAUGGCGGCCCAGGAGCUACGCUGGCUGACCUACCUGCUGACUGACUUGGGAGAGCGGCCUCGUUCCCCUCCAGUGCUGUACGUUGACAACAAGGCUGCCAUUGCCUUGUGUGAGGAGCACAGACUGGAGCACAGAACGAAGCACAUCGCUCUGCGGUACUUCCUUGCUCGAGAGCUUCAGCAGCGUGGUCAGCUUUGUCUCCGUUACGUGGCCACUGAGGCCAACACUGCUGAUGUGUUCACCAAGGCGCUUCAGCCUUGUGACCAUCAGCGCUUUUGCACUCUCCUAGGUCUUGUGCCUACUGGACCUCACUUGCUCACUUCUUGA